AUGGCAUCCUAUGGCAUGAAAGCACCACAAUAUUUCACUGAUGAGUCCAGCAAAAUACAGCACAAACAUGGGCAUUCUGUAAAGAAGGAUCAGAGACCAUCCGGCAUACUGGACCAGCUGGUCUCCAAUGUUCCUCCCAGCUCUUGGUCUAUAAGAUCAAGAUCCAAUGUCCUCCUAGAAAAGGGAAAUCAGAAUGAUCAAAGGGAUGGAGCUCUGGCCAGUGGAGGACAGACAACAAAGGUGACUUUCAAUUUCAGUUCUUCAGAGACUACAAUGCUCUAUAACUUGCAAGAAAAAAUUGCAAGGUGGUCAAGUGGCGGGCACAGCAUUGCACAGGUGCAGAUCUUCGUGAAGACCCUGACCAGCAAGACCAUCACUCUUGAGGUUGAACCCAGUGAUACUAUUGAGAAUGUCAAAGCCAAAAUCCAGGACAACAAAAAUAUCCCACCAGAUCAACAACAUCUGAGUGUUGCUGGAAAACAGCUAGAAGAUGGCCAAACUCUUGACUACAACAUCCAGAAAGAGUCCACUCUGCACUUGGUGUUGCGUCUGCAGGGGGGCAUCAUCGAGCCUUCUCUUUGUCACCUGGCUCAGAAGUAUAACUGUGACAAAAUGAUUUGCCACAAGCGUUAUGUUCUCCUGCACCCCUGUGCUGUAAAUUGCCUUAAGAAGAAUUGUGGCCACACCAACAAUCUGCGCCCCAAGAAGAAGGUCAAAUAAAGACCAGCCUCAGGACCCGAUUCUGGUUUGGCUCCCCUGACUGAAGUGCUCUUUAGUAGUAUGCUGUAACAAGGCCUUGUUCCUGGUUUUAAUGGGGCUGUGAUAUCA